AUGUCUCAGUCCGACCAGCUUACCUUCCCAGAACCGGACCCGAACACACGUUCCCAAACCCGCGAUCACCUCGCCCGCCGCGGCACCAUUUUUUGCCCCGUUACCGACCAUAAUCCCUUCGAUUCCCAAAGCUACGACUCGGACUGGUUCUCCGAUUUAGGAUUCGGCUCGGACCGCGAUGUGGGCCACUUCCUCAACGACCUCUUUGAGGAAGUGGAUCACUCUAAUGAUGAUGAUGAUGAUGAUGAUGAUGAUUUACACGCUUUGGACGUACCCGGCUCUGUCUCCGAUCCGUUUUCGGAGUUUGAAUUCGGAAUUUGUGAUGAAUUAGGCCACGAUCACGAAGAGGAUUUACAGUGGCUGGGUUUUGGAGUUAAACUCGAUGUCGAUACGCAGUGCUCGAGUACCGAUGGUCUCUGCAUUGCUGGGCACGACUCUGAGUCGGAUCGGGAUACGGAAUUCAGUUCCGUGGAUUCUAAUAUUCGUGGGGACAGAUUUGGUUUGGAGGAGCAGGGGAGUGGGCUUGAGGGUUUCCUUCCAGAGGGUUUCGAAUGGGAGGAAGUGGAAGACGGCGUUUUUAACCAGAGAGAAAACUUAAGCAUAAUGGUCGAGGGGGUCGAAGAAUUUUCGGUAGCUUCCUCCGAAGAAGAAGUAGAGGUGCGAAAUCUUGAGUGGGAGAUUCUUGUAGGUGCUAAUAUGAGGUUAGAGCGUGAACUUGAUGGGGAUUCGGACUCGUUCCUAGCAGCUUUUCAGGGUGAAAGUGAUGCAGAUGCGGCUGAAUUUGAUGCCGUUUUCAGGCGAGUUAUGGAGAUUGAAACGGGUAACCCUCCGGCGGCGAAAAGGUUUGUGGAGAGUCUUCCCACUGUGGAGUUAACGGUGGAGGAAUUACUGAGGAACACUGUGGUUUGCGCAAUUUGCAAGGAUUCGAUUGUGGUGAAAGAGAAGGUGAGGCGGCUUCCGUGUUCUCAUUACUAUCACGGGGACUGCAUUGUGCCGUGGUUGAGCAUAAGGAACACCUGUCCCGUUUGUCGGUAUGAGUUGCCCACCGAGGAUCCUUGGUAG